GCUAGAAAGUAACACAACCUCGACAGCGCCACGUGGAACAGCAGAUGCAGGGGCGGGGUAAAACACCGGACGCCGCGUUGCCUGACUUACCUGGCUCGCCGAAAACGCAGGAAGGGAGGACUACAGACGUGAAGCAAACUCGCCACGACAAUGGCCUGGCUGGCCAGCAGGCGCCGCACGAGGCAACAAUCAAGGACACACAAAUGGACGAAGACCAAGCAUCCUGCGGAAAGAAGAGCGGCAUGCAAGCUGACAAAAGCACGAGACAAUCGGCCCCGACGGAGAAGACGACGGAAAAGGCGGCUGCGCAGAUGAGUAAGGAUAAACUGGAGACCGGAGAUCGGCAAGACCGGCCCCGCUCCAUGAAGGAGAAGGAGGCUGAGACAGUGGAAAGUGAUAUGGAAGUGGGCUCAGAUGGAGAGAAGGAAGAAGUUGGACAAAAGCAGGGGAGCGAGCGGCGGAGCGAGCGGCUGGAAUUGAAGGAAGGACAAGGCCCAAGCCAGCAAGUAAUACCCUCGGCGGGAUUGGUGGGUGAUAGCCAAAAAAAGAGGAUGGAUGAUGAAACCCUAACAGGGACAGAUAGGAAGUCAAAACCGCUGCAAGGGUUGACGAAAGGCGGCUGGCUGCAGGAGUGCUCUGGAUCCUUGCUGGAAGACAGAGAACAGAGACAGACGGCUGACUGCGGCCCCCACGCUACCAAUAACGGAAACCUAUUGGUGAGCGGGGAGGCUCGGAAGACUGCCCCUGAAGAGGGGCGGGAAGAGAGACAAGAAGUCAACGAAGGCCCUCACGAUGCUACGACACUGGCGACCGAUGAAGGCCAAAAAAUUGUUGUCGAGAGAGACGAAGACCCCAGCCGGCCGACGCAGGACCAGAUUCUCCAAGGACUGAACGAUCUUCAAUUGGAGCAGACCCGACCACCUCAUGCUCUACAGCCACUGACGAGCCAAUUGCAGAAUCAAGAUCAACUCGAAUUUGACGCUAGGAAAGAGAUAGAAUCGCUCUGGGAUGAGGGCAUGGAGGAACCUCAACAUGUUUGGUUGGGCAGGAAGAGGGAAAAAUCAAGGAAGAAGACGAGGAUUGCCCAGAGUGCGGCAUCCGACCAGGACGUGAGUACAUAAGAGGCUGAAAAGGCCAAACGACAGAAGCCCCUCCUGAAUGCCCCGGCGGAGGAACCCUACCCACCGGUCCUCCCGCCCCUGCCCCUGCCCCUCCUGCCCCUGCCCCUGCUGAUAAGUUUAGCGAAGAGAUGAUAGUUCCUCGACCUGGCACGACAUGGGCCAAUCCCCUCGUCCUUAGCAGCUCUCCCACCCCUCCUGUCCAGUACAGAGGCUAAAGGAGAUAGAGCAAGUACAGAUAGAUGAUAUGGAAUUGAUGGAGUAUCAGAGGAUAGAAGAGGAGGAGGAAAAUCCGGGUCCAAUACAACAAGAGGAAGAGAACAGAGUUUUCAACGAUAUCCACGUCAGGCGAAUGCUGCUGCUAGAUGCGAAAUUUGAUGAGCUCCAAGCACAGGACCGACUUCGCAUUGUUCCUAUGGUACUCCGCAUUUGCACAAGUGGUUAUCGGGUAGCUGAAAAUCCAGGAAUGAAAAUUUUGAAGUGAG